GUUGCUGUAGGUCCAUCGGAACCAUUAGUAACACGCAAUGUGGUAGUAAUGAAAACAGCAGAACAAGACGUGAUCUUCACCGUUUUAUUUCUAGUGAUUUUUAACGAUUUGUUAAACGGAUCUUUGGGCAUAGAUACACCAUAACAUUAUUAUGGCAGAGGGUAGUAAAAAAGGAAGUGUAAUAUUCUCAGGCUUCAGGUCUUUGGGAUUAUAUUCGAAUCACCUCUCACACGUGGUUCGCUACCACAAGAAACACCGGGAGUUUUACGUUGUGACAGCUGUGGGAAACUGUUUUCACACGUACAAUGUCAAAAAACUUGGAAUCGUUGCUGUCAGCAAUGCCCUCCCAGAAGACAUAUCAUGCUUGGCAGCUGACCGAAUGCUGGUUUAUGUGGCCAAUGGGAAGAAAGUGACAGCCUUUGCCAGGAACAAAGAGGUGGUUCACACCUUCAUCGGCCACGGUGCUGACGUGCACCUGCUGCUUCCAUUUGGCGACCAUGUGAUCUCCGUCGACCGAGACAACGCAGUCAUAAUCUGGGACGUGGAGUCAGAGGAGGAGUACUUGCAGAUAUCAUUUGACAAGGCCUGCUUCGAGGUGUCAGCAGCCAUGCACCCCAGCACCUACCUAAACAAGAUCCUGUUUGGCUGCAGUCAAGGAGGCCUUCAGCUCUGGAACAUCAAAUCAAAUAAGCUCCUGUACACGUUUCCUGGGUGGGAUUCAGCAGUCACUGUUCUACAGCAGAGCCCAGCAGUAGAUGUGGUAGGCGUGGGCCUCUCCUCCGGACAGAUCGUCCUCCACAACAUAAAGUUUGACGAGUCCCUGAUGAAGUUCCAGCAGGACUGGGGCCCAGUCACGGCCAUCUCUUUCAGAACAGAUGGCCACCCUGUGAUGGCGGCUGGGAGCCCAGUGGGCCACAUCGGCCUGUGGGACCUGGAGGAGAAGAAGCUGGUGUGUCAGAUGAGGGAUGCCCACAGCACAGCCAUCGCUGGGCUGACCUUCCUGCAUGGGGAGCCCCUGCUGCUGACCAAUGGGGCUGACAAUGCCAUCAGGGUGUGGAUCUUUGACACGGCGGGAGGAGGAGGUCGGCUGCUCCGGAGUCGUUUGGGACACAGCGCCCCGCCCUCGAAGAUCCGGCACUACGGACAGACAGGCCACCACAUCCUCAGUGCAGGUCAGGAUGGAACUUUACAGUCCUUCUCCACGGUUCAUGAGAGAUUCAACAAGAGCCUGGGCCAUGGUUCCAUCAACAAGAAGUCGUCCAAGAAGAAAGGUCUGAGGUACGAUGAACUGAAGCUCCCUGCCAUCACCACCUUCGCCUCAGAGAGCGCCCGUCAGAGCGACUGGGACGGCAUCGUGGCCUGCCAUCGGGGCUACCUCGUUAGCACCACCUGGAACUACCAGAAGUCGUCCAUGGGGUCGCACAAGCUGGAGCCUGACCGCUUCAACAAGAACCGUGCCCUCAGCGUCCACGCCACGGCUGUGGACAUCACGUCAUGUGGAAACUUUGCGGUGCUGGGCCUGUCCUCUGGACACGUGGAUGUCUAUAACAUGCAGUCAGGGCUCCACAGGGGACAUUAUGGAGAAGAGAAAGCCCAUGAUGGACCAGUGCGAGGUGUGUGUGUGGAUGGACUCAACCAGCUGACAGUCAGUGUCGGAGCAGACAGACUCAUCAAGAUCUGGAAGUUCAAGUCUAAGAAGCUGGUCCACUGCAUGAGCCUGUCAUCCUCGCCCGCCACCAUAUAUCUACACAGAGACAGCGGUAUGCUAGCCAUCGCUCUAGAUGACUUCACACUCAACGUCCUGGACAUGGAGACCAAAAGGAUUGUCAGGAAGUUCUCUGGCCAUCGAGGACAAGUCAACGACAUGGCCUUUAGCCCAGAUGGACGCUGGCUGUUCUCAGCAGCCAUGGACUGUACCAUUAGGACCUGGGACCUCCCCUCAGGCUGCCUGGUGGACUGUUUCUUGGUAGACUCUGCAGCGGUCAGCCUCACCAUGUCACCCACGGGGGACUUUCUGGCCUCCUCGCAUGUGGACAACCUUGGGAUAUACCUGUGGUCCAACAACACGUUGUGCAGCCUGGUGUCGCUACGCCCCCUACCUACAGAUUAUCAACCUACAGUCGUCAUGCUGCCAGGAACCUGCCCCAGCCAAGAUGAUGAGGCAGCGGAACAGGAGACGGACAGCUCCGAGAUGAUCGAGUACGUGUCUCCCGCUCAGCUGGACGAGCAGCUGGUCACCCUGUCUCUGCUGCCCGACUCUCGCUGGAAGAACCUGCUUCACCUGGAUGUCAUCAAGAGACGCAACAAGCCCAAGGAGCCUCCUAAAGUACCCCAGGCCGCUCCGUUCUUCAUCCCCACCAUCCCAGGGCUGGUGGCCCAGUUCGCUCUUCCAGACGGCUCCAACCAGAACCAGCAGACUAAAGUGGUUAAUUUCGGAGUGUUGGCUCAGAAGUCCCGAUUCUACCUCCAACUAGAGUCUGCUGUGGUCAGCAACAACUAUGAGGACCCCAUCAGCCUGCUGAAGGAGAUGGGCCCCUCCGGGAUUGAUACAGAGUUCCGGGGUCUGGGCCCAGACAUGGGCGGGGAUGUGUCUGUCCUCCGGGGCUUCCUGGGGAUGGUGGCCAGCAUGCUGGACUCCCACAGGGACUUCGACCUGGCCCAGGCCUACCUGGCACUCUUCCUCAAGCUCCAUCUCCGAGUUCUCUCCCAGAACCAGGAGCUGAUAGAGGAGGCCUCCAGGGUGUCGGACAAACUGGAGGAGACCUGGACCUCCAUGCAGACCCUCUUCAACCAGAGUCUCUGUCUGCUAGCCUACACCAAGAGUGCCCUGCUCUGAGGAGGGUCCCAUAGACCGGAGGCCUUGCUCAGUUACACGCUGAGGCAUCGGGUGCACACACAUCCAGUACAAUGACACCAGCGGGACCAGUCCAGUGUGUGCUAACUGUGAGAGGGAUCAAAUGUGCAUCAGAUCUGAUGGAAACCUGCCCUCCCCUACAUGCUGUAGUUUUUAUUCCCUCCGUGUGUUCCCUGCUCGGAGAUGGACAGGUUUUCAUGUAUGUGAACUCUGCUUUUUGUAAUACUGAAAAGAUAUUAUGUAAAAAAACAAAAUACAAGCUAUAUUGUUACACA